GCAGAGACAGAAAACGAAUAAUGACGCGUUCCAAGAUGGCGAUACACAGGGUGUUGUGUUGUUUGUGUGAGUGAAAAACGGUAUUCACAAAAUUAUUGCAGUCGGUAAAUUGUGUGGGUUAGUCAACAAAUUUCUGUAGUGAAAAAUCGCAGUGACAUUUUCGAUGGCGGAUCUCGAGGAAAAAGAAUUUCCUAUGGACUAUUUCACACCAAUUGUAACUAUAGACGAAGCCCCACCGAUAGCAGCAAAAUCAUCACCGAGAAUCAAGAAAAUCAAAAUAAAAAUCGAAGGUACCGAAGAUGGCCAUAUAUCAGGCGAAAUAGUUCGUCCCAAGAGAAGAGGCAGGCCAAGAAAAGUGAUAACGAUCGCUCCCACUCCUCCCCCAGAAAUCAAGACUGAAGAACCAGAAGAAGACACAUCUCCAAUGGACCCAACAGAAAAACCAACUAGUCCCGUAGAACCUGCCGGCGAAGAAGUCAAAAGGAGGAAAGGCAGACCCAGGAAAUGUCCACCGGUGACAGAAGCUUUAUUAAACGGCGGCAUCAUCGACAACGAAGACGAGGACCCUUCUUGGUCAGCUACAGGAAAGAAGAAGAAGAAGAAAAAAGAAAAGAAGGUGAAAUCUCCUAAGACGCCAAAGAACUACAAGAAAAGGGGCAAAAAUCAGCCGGAAGAUGUGACCGUGAAAGCCGAACCCACAGACAGCACAUUGCGCGAAGGCGAGAUAAAGGAAGAAAUCAAAGAAGAACCAGCUGAUCCCAUGGAGCUACCGCUCAUAGUCCCGCUCUCAGAAGAACAAUUCCAGCAAGAGUUCAAAGCCAUGCUACCUCAAGAAGACCUCAGGAAAUUCAAGUGCCCCCUGUGCAUCAAGGACAACCAAGAGGAGGUGGAAUUCUCGCCCAAAGAGCUAAAGAACCACUACAAAGACAACCACCCCGGCAAAAGACUGAGAAGCUACCGCUUGACCAACGAAACGCACUCUUGCGACGUCUGCGGCAAGGAGUUCAGAACGAACAACGCUGUCAAAGACCACAUCGAAACCCACAACAACUACUUCUUCUGCGAGAUAUGCAACGCCUCCCAAAAAAAGAUCCUAGACCAUAUCCUCCACCUGAGGAUCCACUCGGAACCAGGGCUGUUUCAGUGCCUGAUGUGCGAUCUAAACACGCCAGACAUCAACAAGAUCAUGGAGCACGUGAACAACCACGAGGAUCUGUUGAAGUACUGGUGCCAACCCUGCAAAAAAGGCUUCCAGAUCCUGUCUUGGUUCCAAGAGCACGACAACUACCACACAGGGCUCAAGCCUUUCGAUUGCGAAUUUUGCGGCAAGUGCUUCAUGUACUCGAGGUACUUGCACGCUCACAAGCUUAACCUUCACAAGGAGGACAUGAUCUUCCCGAGUUUGCACGAGUGCGUUAUUUGCAAGAAGCAGUACCAGCACAAGAAUAGCUUGAAGCUGCAUAUGAACUCGCAUACAGGCAACUUUUCAAUUUGCGAUAUCUGCGGAAAGUUGCUUUCCAGCAAGGAAAAACUCAAGUUCCACCUGAGGAUUCAUACUGGGUACAAGCCGUACGCGUGUGCUUACUGCGAUAAAUCUUUCACGAAGAAGCCGAUCCUUGUGGAGCACACAAGGAUCCACACUGGAGAAAGACCUUAUAUUUGCGAUUUUUGUACUAAGGCUUUCUCGCAGAGGUCUAGUUUGGUGAUACACAUGAGAGGGCAUACUGGGGAGAAGCCCUAUGUGUGCCAGUUUUGUACCAAAGGGUUCGUCGCUAAAGCCAUGCUGAACAUACAUCUGAAGUCCUGCAAGGGGCUGAUGGUCAGGCAUUCCGAUGAUUAUUGAUCGGGGUAUAGUAUAGAUUUUGUUUAGGGUUAUCGAGAGGUGAACCGUGGUGUACUAGAAUUCCUUGAAAUUCUUUGGAGUUCUGGGGGAUUACUUGGAGCUCAUUGUUUAGUAAAAUUCCUGGGGCAGUCAAACUUUGCAGUGCACAAUGUUAACCAUGGCAAUUCUCUCAUUUCUUGAAAUGACUGAUAGGAUUGAAGUGUAAUGUUCUUUGGGACUAUGUAGACUACAC